UAGAGCCACACAGAGAGAGACAUAGACACAGAGAGACAGACAGACACCCACAGUGCUGCUCUCCACAGACUGAAAGAGACCCCGAAAAAUAACAGACUGUAUCAUGAUGCUCCAGCACUUAGGACAGGGAUCUGCCUCGGACGUCAGCACAGCGGCUCUCGUUCCGUGUACAUCGCCCUCGAUGUCCCUGGUAUUUGAGGACUUUACGUGCCUCAGUCCUUUGGUGAAAGAGGAACUGCGGUUUGCCAUUCAAAACAAGCGCCAUUCCCAAGGAAUGUCAACCAUGGAAUAUCUCACAGGGACUGAGAGCAAGAGCGAAACAUUAAGACAAGAGAUUCCUCCCCACGAAGACGAGAGGAAAAGACGAAGAAGGGAGAGAAACAAAGUCGCUGCAGCAAAAUGUCGAAAUAAAAAGAAGGAGAAAACCGAUACCCUGCAAAAGGAGUCAGAAAAGCUGGAAUCUUUGAACGCAGAGCUGAAGGCACAGAUAGAAGAGCUGAAGAAUGAGAAACAGCAGCUGAUUUACAUGCUGAACCUCCACAGGCCGACGUGCAUAGUCCGGGCACAGAUCGGACGGACUCCAGAGGACGAAAGGAACCUUUUCAUCCAACAGAUCAAAGAUGGAACGCUACAGAAUUGAACCAUCGGGGGUGGGGGGGGUAUGAACCCCGAGGCCAGAGUCCAGAGUCUCCCAGCAGACACCAAAGACUGUCAUAGCUCUGUGUUAGUACAUCACUAACCUGCUAGAAAAGGAUCAUCUCAGUCGGAAGAGCUUGCAUUUCCAGCGUGAAGAAUUUCUUCAGUUUUUGCUGUUUUAAAAACUUGUCGAGAUGCAUUAAGAGGAAUCAAGCAAAUUGGGGGGUGGAGGCGAGG